GAGAGGAAGAUGGCAGGGGGAGGGGGAAAGAGAGGAAGAGUUUCCAAACUUGUCUCCAGCGACACGAGACAUUUACGCCCUGCAAGAUAAAACUGCCACUUAGAGGCCAGGAGAGCUAAACCUUCCUGGGUUGGCCUGGAGGCCUGAGCAGAGCCAUGGGUUCUCUGGUCCUGCAGCUGAGCGCUGCCUUAUGCCUGGUGACUCACUCUGUUUCUGGUAGUCCCAUCAUAGGCCUUGAUCAGUCACCCCUAGAAGAAGAUAUGCCCCUCUUUGAAGAUGUCUUCUCAGAGCAAGAUGGUGUUGACUUUAACACACUUCUACAGAGCAUGAAGGAUGAGUUUCUCAAGACAUUGAACCUGUCUGACAUUCCCAUGCAGGAUUCAGCCAAGGUUGACCCACCAGAAUACAUGUUGGAACUCUACAACAAAUUCGCCACAGAUAGGACCUCCGUUCCCUCUGCCAACAUUAUCAGGAGCUUCAAGAAUGAAGAUCUGUUUUCUCAACCAGUCAGUAUUAAUGGGCUCCGAAAAUACCCUCUCCUCUUCAAUGUGUCUAUCCCUCACCAUGAAGAGGUCAUGAUGGCAGAACUCAGGUUGUACACACUGGUGCAGAGAGAUCGCCUGAUGUAUGAUGGAGUGGAGCGAAAAAUUACUAUUUUUGAAGUGCUACCGAGUGAAGGGGACAACACAGAUGAAAGAAGCAUGCUGGUCUUAGUGUCAGGGGAGGUCUAUGAACUCAACAGUGAGUGGGAGACAUUUGAUAUCACAGAUGCCGUCAGACGUUGGCAAAAGUUAGGCUCUUCCACUCAUCAGCUGGAGGUCCACAUUGAGAGCACUCAAGACCAACUUGAGGAUGCUGGAAGAGGACAGCUGGAAAUAGACACCAGUACUCAGAAUAAGCAUGACCCUUUGCUUGUUGUGUUUUCUGAUGACCAAAGUAGUGACAAGGAGAGAAAGGAAGAAAUGAAUGAAAUGAUCACCCACGAGCAACUUCUGGAGAUGGACAACUUGGAUGUGGAUGACUUUUCCAGAGAACCAGGAGAAGAGGCUCUGCUGCAGAUGAGGUCAAACAUCAUCUAUGAUUCCACUGCUCGAAUCAGAAGGAAUGCCAAAGGAAACUACUGCAAGAAGACCCCGCUCUACAUCGACUUCAAGGAGAUUGGCUGGGACUCCUGGAUCAUUGCUCCUCCUGGAUAUGAAGCCUAUGAAUGCCGUGGUGUUUGUAAUUAUCCUCUAGCAGAGCAUCUCACACCCACAAAGCAUGCGAUUAUCCAGGCCUUAGUUCACCUCAAGAAUUCCCAGAAAGCUUCCAAAGCUUGCUGUGUGCCCACAAAGCUGGAGCCCAUCUCCAUCCUCUAUUUAGACAAAGGUGUUGUCACCUACAAGUUCAAAUAUGAAGGCAUGGCAGUCUCUGAAUGUGGCUGUAGAUAGAAGAGGAAUCCUAUGACUUAUUUAAUAACUGUAAAUGUGUAUAUUUUGUGUUUAUUUAAUAAGACUAUUUAAUGAGGGUGUACAGAUAAUAGAGGCUUCUUGCCUUUGGGAAAUGGACAAGUGAGUUUGUUGCAGGAAGAACAUAUUU